UCAUCUAAAAUAUCGUAAAAUAUCGAAUAUUAAGUAAAAUCUCGUAGUUUUUUUCGUAUGUCUGCCUGCCAACAAUAAUAAAUUGUGUUCAAUCAAAAUAAAUUAAAAAAAUCGAUGUCGAAUUAAAAAAAAAAAGAAAAUUAAUGUUUUAUAUGAACUAGAUACCUACACAUACUUAAAAAAAAAAACAUCAAGAAAAAUCCAUCGUUCCAUUUGUAUAAGACAAAAAAAUCAAGUUGCACUUUACACGCGUAUAUCGUUUACGUUCUUAUAUUUACAAUAUUUACCGACCCCACUUUUUUUGUUUGAUUGUAUUGAAAAUAAUUGCUAUACAAAAAUUGUACUUUCUUUCAAUGUAUGUGAGACUCUCUUCCAAUUGGAAUAAAAGAGAGAUCUAUUAGAUUUGUAUUAGAAAAAUAGAAGCAACUUUAGAAAAGUGUUUCCCGUUUCCCCUGUGCCCUGUAUUUUCUUCAGGAAAGAAAAAAGUGCUCUCAAAAUUUAAGAGAAACUAAAUGCACCCACACAAGUGUAAUCUCUCUUUAAAACCAAAUAUCAUUUGUAUACGGUGUCGUUAAGUGUUUUUUAUUAUUUUAUUUAUUUGAGUGUAGUUGUGUCGAUUUUUAUUUAUUUACACAUACACAUAUUUAUAUUUUGAAAUUAUAUUCUUUUACGGUAUUCUUUUGUGUUCGGUUUAUUCGGCUGCGUGUUCUUUGCGUACGUGCAUAUUGUGUGUAUGUGCUUUGCCUAUGCGCACCGCGCUAGCGCUAUCAAGAAGCAUGAUUUAUCGUCAUGCUGGCUAUGAAGCCGUCGUCGAUGUCUCGCUCUCGAAUGUCGCUAUCAUGCUGUUUAGCGGGGUUUAUGUAAUAAAAAUAAUGAAUAAAUAAUGCAAUAAGCAGAGCGACGAAAUAAAAAAAAAGCAUAAAAAGAAGAAAACAACAAAAUUUAAAGCAAAGACAAAGAGUAUAAUUUGUUUUUGUUUUAUUUGUGGAGUGGAAUAAAAUACUUAUAAAUGUAUGAGUGUGUUUAGAUGAGAAGUAAAGAGAGAGAAAUAAAAAAAUCAACAAACAAAAAUAUAUUUCACUACCUUACUUGAUUUGAAAUUGGAUUUCAUUUCAUUCCUAUUCUACUACUAAAAACAACAACAACAAGAAUAAUAAUAAUUCUUGUGUACUAUUUUUCUUUAUUACACACGUGUGGAUUUUGUUUUUAUUUAUGAAGCUCGAUAAGGGCAUUUCGAGAAUUACUCUAUCUGAAUCCAGACUAUCCACGUGCCAAUGAAGCUCACCUGCGUCUUGGAUUUAUGUUCAAAGUGAAUGGCGAAUAUAAGUCAUCGUUGAAACACCUGCAACUAGCUUUAAUCGACACAGCACCGUGCACCUUUACAAAACUUCAAAUUCGCUUUCACAUCGCACACCUGUAUGAAGUUCAAAAUAAACAUAAAGCUGCCAAAGAGGCAUACGAAAAGCUUCUUACCGAAGACCAGCUGACAUUGGAACUGAAGGCCGAUAUAUAUCGACAGUUAGGAUGGAUGUAUCAUUGUGUUGAAUCCUUAGGCGAUAAACGACAACGAGAAUCUUAUGCAAUUUUCUGUUUACAAAAGUCAAUUGAAGCCAAUCCAAAAUCUGGACAAUCAUUAUAUUUGCUUGGAAGAUGUUAUGCUGGAAUUAACAAAGUCCAUGAUGCCUUUAUAGCGUAUAGAAAUUCUGUGGAGAAGAGUGAAGGGAACGCCGACACUUGGUGUUCGAUAGGGGUUCUGUACCAGCAACAGAAUCAACCAACAGACGCCUUACAAGCGUAUAUUUGCGCUGUACAAUUGGAUAAAAAUCACAAAGCUGCCUGGACGAAUUUAGGUAUUUUAUAUGAGAGCUGUGGUCAAUUAAGAGACGCCUAUGCGUGUUAUUUAAAUGCAGCACGUAACUUAGAUUCUAAGGAUUCGAAUUUUUUUCACACACUCAGUAGUACAGCUUCAACAUCAUCAUCAUCAUCAUCAUCAUCGAAUACACCAGCAACACCAACAAAAAAUUCAGCUACAGCUGCUGUUUCUUCUGGUGCUGCUGCUACUUCAGCUAGUGGUGGUGGUCCAUCCACAUCAUUAUCGACUGGUAGUGGAUUCGCAUCAUCGCCAUCAACAAGUAAAGCUUCAACAUCAAAGUCCGGUGCUAAUAGCAACAAUAACAAUAGUAGUAGUAGUAAUAAUAAUAGCAGUAAUAAUAGUCCUAGUAAUAGUAAAACACAAAGUCUUGCUGAGAGUCUUAAGCAAAGGAUUAAAUUCCUUGGCACGCAAUUAGCUCAAGCUCCUAUGCCGAGUAUAACUUCCAAACGGAGGCAGUUGUGCUCGAUAGAGGAGGCCUGGAAUCUACCAAUAUCACUUGAAAUGAGCUCAAGGCAACAAAUAUCUCAGCAACAUCAGCAACAACAGCAACAAAAUCCACCACAACAUAAUCAACAACAACAACAAUCAUCUUCACAUCCGCAUCACCCACAACAACAUCCUGCGCAACAAUCACAUCAGCAACAACAACAACCACCUCCACCACCACCACCUCAACCUCAGCAGCCUGGUGUUGUUCUAAACAAUCACAUGCAGCAAAGGCAGUUUGUUAAGAGUUACUCAGCGGCAACGCAAGGUCCUCCGCCACCAUAUCCCCAUCAGGGCACAACAAAUGCCCUUGGACCAAUUGCACCAAAGCGUUUCAAAGAUGAACUAUCCCCACAAACAACAGUGCCUGUGGCGGCGGGCACAGGUAUUGUGCCGCAGCAAACACAACAACUUGCACCGGCACAACAACAACAACAACAGCAACGGUCCGCGCAACAGCCUUCAUUCUAUCUAUCACAGCAACAGUUACAAAUGUUGCAGUUCCUGCAACAAAACCAAAAUAAUUUAAACCCCCAACAGCAGCAGUUGUUUCAGCAACUUAGCAAUCAGUAUCGGUUGAUGGUGCAGUAUCAGCAACAGCUGAGACUGCAACAACAACAGAGAUUGCAGCCACAACAACAACCACAGCCACCCCCACCGCAACAGCAACAACAACAACAACAGCCGCCACAAGCUGUUGUAGUACAAAAUUCUACCCCACUUGGUGCACCACCCGCAUAUCCUAGUCAACCACCGUCAACGCCACGAGCUGCCGAUCAUGUUAUCACGGGGAACGGUGGCAUUGUGGGUGGUGGUAGUGGAUAUGUGGAUAACACAUCUAAUUUUGUCCAGCAAGCCGCGACGGGGAAUACACAACCGGCUGCAGGAAUGCCAUUCAAAUCAGCGAAUGUGUAUAUGAAUGGAAUUGUACAGCAGCAGCAGCCGCCGCAGCAACAACAGCAACAACCAAGUCCGUUGAUGCAAUCGUUGCAGCAGCAACAGCAGCCACAACAACAAUCGGCGGGGUUUGAAACAUUAAAUGAAUUCACCCAACUGUCUCCGUGCAGUGAUGGAAAUGAUUUGGAUAUUUCCUCGCCGUUCAGUGAUAAGCUACUAGGUGUAACUGAACAGGAAUUGCAGGCGAUUCUCUCCCAGAAGGACCUCGCUUCCACCUUUGCUGAGGAUAUUCUCAAAUCAUUUACAUCCGACGGUCUAGAUAUUAAGGAAGAAUUCGACGAAAACUCACAUGAUCUCUUCAAUGGAUUCGAUUCAACACCGCCACCCUCAUCCGAACCAACACCCCAACAAACACCCACCAAUCAUAAUAAUAGCAAUACAAUUGUCACAAAUCAAGUCAAUUGCAAUAACAAUAACAGCAACAGCUGCAGCAGUAGUAGUAAUUUUCGCAACAAAUCACCGCCUUUAAAAUGUGAAGCCACUUCAACGUCGAGUAGCAAUAGCAUUACCGGUGGCAGUGGUGGAGAUCUCGAUGGUGGUGGUCUAUCAUCGAAAGUUGGUGCUUUUGUUAAAGAAGAUGCCGACAUGGAUGUUCGAGUGAAGCUAGAAAAUAACUUUCUUGACGAUGACGAACUGCCAAAAUUUCAAACACGAAUGACGGCUAAACAAGUGAUGCAAGGUGUUAAGCAAUUGUCGAUUGAUACAGCGCCGCCACAUUGUUCGGUACUGCAUAUCGAUGCACCACCACCAACGCCGCCUGAUUGCCCGCCCCAGCGUUUGACCAAAGAACAACUUCUGCCACCGACACCCUCUGUGCAUUUGGAGAAUAAAAAACAUGCCUUCAGUCCGCAACUGCAAGAGUUUUGUUUGAAACAUCCAAUUGCCGUGGUACGGGGGAUGGCUGGUGCGUUAAAACUAGAUUUGGGAUUGUUUUCGACAAAGACAUUGGUCGAAGCUAAUCCAGAUCAUAGUGUUGAGGUGCGAACGCAGGUGCAUCAAGCGCCUGAUGAGAAUUGGGAUAAUACGUUGGCGAAACGAGUGUGGGCUUGUAUAUCACAUCGAUCCCAUACAACCAUUGCCAAGUAUGCUCAAUAUCAGGCUUCGAGUUUUCAAGAUAGUUUAAAGGAUGAACGUGAAAAAGGAUCAGCAGGAGCGCACACAAUGUCUGAUUCCGAUUCAAAAGACUCGAUGAGCAGUUCAACAGUCAAUGGGAAAAGGAAGAGGAUGAAAAAUGGGAGCAAAAUGUUAAAAUUCGGUACGAAUGUAGAUCUCUCUGAUGAACGAAAAUGGCGACCACAACUUGCCGAAUUACAAAAGCUACCUGCCUUUGCUCGUGUGAUAUCUGCCGCCAAUAUGCUUUCCCAUGUUGGUCAUGUAAUUCUGGGCAUGAAUACCGUUCAACUCUACAUGAAAGUGCCGGGCAGUCGAACGCCAGGUCAUCAGGAAAAUAAUAAUUUCUGUUCGAUAAAUAUCAAUAUCGGCCCCGGGGAUUGUGAAUGGUUUGCCGUACCCGAUGCCUAUUGGGGUGGCAUACAUAAUUUAUGCGAAAAAAAUAAUAUUAGUUAUCUGCACGGAUCAUGGUGGCCAGUGCUGGAAGAUUUGUACAAGGAAAACAUUCCAGUGUAUCGGUUUAUUCAGAGGCCCGGUGAUUUGGUGUGGGUUAAUGCUGGUUGUGUUCAUUGGGUGCAAGCUGUUGGCUGGUGCAAUAAUAUCGCUUGGAAUGUUGGUCCGUUGACGGCGCGACAAUAUUCAUUGGCAAUUGAACGUUACGAAUGGAAUAAGUUGCAGGCAUUCAAAAGUAUUGUGCCAAUGGUGCAUUUGAGUUGGAAUUUGGCACGUAACAUUAAGGUUUCGGAUCCAAAACUUUUUGAAUUGUUAAAAAUGUGCCUAUUGCAAACUUUAAAGAAUGUUUUUCAUACACUGGACUACGUCAAGUCAAAGGGCGUAGAAGUUCGUUUUCAUGGCCGUGGAAAAAAUGAAGCUUCUCAUUACUGUGGCCAAUGUGAAGUGGAAGUGUUUAACAUUCUUUUCAUUCGUGAACAAGAAAAACGUCAUGUUGUUCAUUGCAUGAGCUGUGCCCGCAAACAAGCACCGUCCUUACAUGGUAUAGUUUGUUUAGAAGAAUAUCGUUUAUCGGAAUUGUGCCAGAUCUAUGAUCAAUUUACCCUUUUCAAGCCACCAGCUCCACCAAGUCCAAUAACAAAAGUAUAACAUUAAUGGAUCAUAGUUCAAUUUGUUUUCUUUUCUUCUUUCUAUAUUUUCCCACAAAAGUAUGUCUGAUGAAAAAUUGAAAAAGAAAGUAAAACCUUUUUAGUAUUUUAUUGUUGUAAUAAUUUUUAUUUUUAUUUCUCAACAUCUCUUUAUCAUCUACAUGUUUAGAAUAUUUUAUUAUUAUGUAAAAAAAACACACCCAAUUUGUAUUUUUCAUAAAAAAAAAGUUAUACAUAAAGCGAUAAAAAAUAAAACCAACACAGUCAACGCUCCCGUGCAUAUGUACAGAAAAAAAAAGAUGACACGUACCAUACCAUUUAAACAUUAUGUUUAUUGUUGAAUGUAGAUUAUAUUAUAUUAAAAAAACAAAUUAUACAUAAUAUUUAAUUUAUUUAUUAUUUUUAAACAAAAUCAACAACAAAAAAAAAACAAGCAAUUUAAUUUUAAAAUCAAUUUAAUAAUAAUUGUGUUAUUUUUCAUCAACAAAAAUCCAAAAUUAUAAAUAUUAUUAAACAAAAAAAUGUAAUCUAAAAAAAAAGAAAGAGCUUUUGUGCUCACUUCGUCAUCUUAGAUUAAGGUUUUUCUUUUAUUUCUAUUCAUUUUUAAUUUUUAGUUAAUGACAAUUUAUAUGUGAAACAUAGUUUUUAAAAUUAAACAAAAAGGAAAAAUCAAAUACAAAUUCUUUGUAGAAAGUCAACUUAUUUUUGUUAUUUUUUUUUUUUUAGUUUCUCUUCGAACAAAAAGAAACAAGAUAAUUUAAUUAUAUAUAACCCACAUUUUAUACUCGACUUACAUAAAACAAAUCAUAAAAAAGUAACAUUAAUUUCCAAAGAAAAAAACACUUCAUCUUCAUCCAUCUUAUAAAAAAAAUAAAUGUAUGUAUUUGCAAAUUUAAUUUUUGUUUAUUAAAAAAACAAAACAAAAUUAUAUAAAAUAUACAUAAAAUUGUAUAACAAUUUAUACUUACAAAUUUAUAAAUAAACAAAAAAACAUACAUACAUUAAAAAAAGAUACAAAAUGUGCAAAUGCAAAAUUAUAAAACAAAUCGAACAAAAAUGUAUCAUCAUUUUCAUCUCAUCUCUUCAUUAUCUCAUCUUCAUCAUCAUUAUAACAAAAAAAAAAAACAUUUCCCUCCUUUUUCUCCCCCUCCGUAAUCAUCAUAAAAAUAGUUAAAAAAAUAUGAAAGAAUAUUAAUUCUUUUAAAAAUUGAUCUCAGUAAAGAAUGAAACAAAAAUGGAACAAAGGGUGUAAAAUGGAAUUAGAAAAUUUAAUUAUAAAGAAACAAAGAAGAGAAGGUGUAACAAAAAAAAAAAACAAAAAUUGUUUAUAUCUUGUAAAUACGAGUAAUAUAUAUAAUAGAAAUUUUAAUUUCUUCUUUUCUCAUUCUUUUCAAAUGUUAAAAUUUAAAUGUGUGUUAAGUAUUUUAUGCAAAAAAUGGCAAUAGAAAUAUCCUCAAAGGAGGAGAACUCAUCAUGGUUGGCCCACCAUGAAAAGUCAUCUCAUAAUUCGAUUUGAAUAUAUUUUGAGUUCAAUUUAUUUGAAUGUUGUUCUUUUGGGAAGAUACACUUACCCAGUGAUUUAUGAGUUGUCCAUGAUGACUUGUCCCAUGAUAAGCUGUGCAGUGAUUAUUUGAGUUGAAAUCGAGUUGGGUGUUGAACGUUAACUUUGUUCAAGGUUGUAAAUAUUUACGAUGAACUUACAAAAGGGGUAUUCGAUUUUCGCUAUCUAUUGAUAAUUGGGACCGUAUAUAUUAUCCUUAAAAGAGCAACAUCAAGGGCUAUGAAAAUAGGCAUCGAACGAAACCCAUUUAUUUUCAUCUUGCAUCAUCAUUCAUUAUGAAGGUUUUGUGUUGAGGCGAAUCUUUGAUCUUGUCUCGUGACAUAAUAUUGAUAAAAAAAAUUGCCUUAAUCAAAACUUGGAAACGUGAAUGAGGCUGAAGAUGAAGUUUUCUUUUGAGCCUACAACAAAAAAAAGCAUAGAAAUUUUGUUAUACUGGAUUGCAUUUAGGAGGGUAUUCACUCCAUUGAUUUUCCUUAAACAAAAUACGGUAAUUUUUUCGUACAGCACGCAGGGAACCUGCAAUGUAAAUUGCUUUCACGUUUUUUUCGCAUUAUGUAACAUUAAAUGAAGUUGUUAUCGACUUCACUCACACUCCACCUAACGAUUUCAAUUGCAACAAAAAAGAAAUUGAGCUAUCAAUAAAAUGAAUUGAUCGAAAGAUAGAAAUGACCCUAACAACUAUUACAAUUGAUGCUCAAUUCACUCGAUUUUGGGAACCGAACUGAGUAGGAUACCAAGUGUAGAAACGUUAGUCACUUGAUACAAUCAACGCCAAUCGAUACAAACGAGCAGUGGCAGAACCUUAUUUGGUUCAAUCGAUCGUUCUCCAUUGAACACCGAUGUUUGAUGUCGAUGCUCGAUUGUAUCAAGUUCAUGCUGUGACCGGCGGACUUUGCGAUACUUUCGAAUAACUGGCGAAAUUCUCCUAAAUGCAAGAUUUACAAAGUAAAAAGCUAAUGCAGGAAAAUGCGCAACAUAUAUCAACAUUUUCCCAGAUUUGUAUGCAGUUGCGCAAGAAAAAACGUGUAACCAAACUGGAAUUGUAUUUGGUUGCUCAAGGGUAAUAGCUAAAUUAGACUUUUUUGUUUCCAGAAAAAAAAAACCUUGCCAAAAAAACACCUGCUCACACUUUCAAAAUGGCAGAAAAAACAUGGCUAAAGUAAUGAGUCCAUUUCGCUAAAAUUCAAUUUCAAACCUUAACCAAUAUCUCAACAAAGCCUUACCACCAUUGCCUAAAAUAAAUUAACACAUUUUUAUAUUUUUUACUUUCCAAUCGUUCGUCGAAAGCAAUUGCAAAUUAUUUUUAACAUAAUCUAUAGGUGCUUACAAUAAUUCUAUGAAUAUUUUCUUUAAAAAAAAAGAGAAUAAAGAUUUUAAUUUGCUUCUUUACAAAAAAUGUAACUAAAUUUAAAUUGACUUUUCUGGUUAAGUUUGUUAAACAAAAAAAAAACAACAUAUAUGUUGUUUAAAAGGAUUCGAAGGAACUUCCGUUUUAGGUAUCAAAAAAUCGAUCAAAAUUAAAUUUUAAUCAAAAUUAUAACAAAAAAUAAAAGAAAAAGAAAAAUUAAAAUUUUAAAAAUUGGAAAUAAGAAAAAUUUUAAUUAAAAAAUUAAUUAAUUCGAAUUAAAAAAAUAAAAAGAAAAAAAUAUAAUAAAAAUUUUCUUUUUAAAUCAAUUUGUAUAAUAAUUUUAAUCUAAUUAGUAAUUCUGUAUAAUCAAUUCGAGAAGAAUGAAGGAGUAUGGAAGUUUUGUUUUUUCUUUUGUUUGCUGUUGUUAUCCACUUCAAUCACAAUCGCAGUUUUAUUUUGUAUGUUAUCCAUGUGAAUGGAAUUAUUUAAUUUAGUGGUUUAAUCCACAUGAAUAACAUUAAUCGAACUGAACCUUUUUAUCUUGCUUAAAAAAUAAACAAAAAUAAUUUCCUAAAAUUCCUACCUGGAGAGAGGGUAUUUUAUUUUUGUCAAAAGCUUUGAAUGAAGAAUAUUGUUUGUGUUGAAAACGUGUAACAACUAAAUAAAGAAAAAAUAAACGAUAUAAUAUAUGACCAGUAGUCACUGCCAAUAAAUAAUUGAAAAAAAAAAUUAAACAAAAAAUAAAAAAAUAUAAGAAAUAUAAAAAAUAGUUAAAUAAUGAAUGAAAAGAAAGGUGUGUCCUUUUUUUUGUGGAUUGUAAAUACGUAAAUAGCGAAAGAGUGAAGGAAAAAAGCCAGCGUGUUGUGUGUCCUUUGUGAAGAAUCUUUGUGAGAGAAAGCGUUAAGAAAAACUUGUAUGCAUCAUUUUUUUUU